AUGAGUGAAUAUUAUCGGCGCGGGAGCCCCGAGAGCUCCCGGCGCAGGCGGCGGGAGAGACACGAACGCGACCAUGAGCAUGGACAUGGUCCUGAACACUCCUACCAACAUUCCCACGAUGCAGCACCGCCUGCUACCGCCCCUCAGUAUAUUCCAACCGGUUCCAGGCCUCAGACGCAUGAACGCGAUAAUGCCGACUCGAGCUCGACGCUAUCCUCCUCCUCCACCUCCGAAUCUCUCCUAAACAUUUCAGCACCCAAAUCGCGCGCCGCGGGCAUCCUCUCCUUCUUUACCUCUCCCGACCCAGCUGCACGCCGCCGAAAGUAUCGCAAAAAGAAGAAGCGAUUGCUGGGCUUCGGCAACUCGAGUUCCUCGUCUCUCGAGGAAGCGCUCGCUUACGGUCGUGGUUAUGUCGACAAAGAGCGACGUGAGGCCGCCCAGGCCGCCGCGGAAGGGCGACCACAUGCAUAUCCCACCCAAUAUAGUCAAAACCAACAGCAAUUUUCCCAGUCGCGGCAGCAGCAAUAUGGCUCGCCUCGAGACCACCAGAGGCCAACGGCGCCCCAUCGCGAUAAGACGGACGAGGAAAUACAGGAAAUCGGGCGUCAACUUGCAAAGAUGGCCCGUGAUGGGAACCGUGAAGAUGUGGCCCGGAACAGCAGUCGCAGGGGCAUAUCAGGGUUGAUGGCUGGAGCUGCCGCAGCCACUGCUGUUGCGGGUUACCGGCGGUCCAAAUCCUCGGACAAACGUAGUCGCGGCAUCGGCUCAUCGAGGCCACAGCAGCAUAGUGACUCUGGUGACGAGUCUGACUGGGAAACGUCAUCGGAGGAUGAAUACUCCAGUGAGGAUGUAGACCCGGGACUAGCUUACGGAGCUUCCACCGUGGAUUUCCCCAUGUCUAGACCGCCUCCUCCGGCUCAAAGGCCAGCAGAGAGCAGACCUAUGCCUGCAGAGGCGCGCAAAAGUCAUGUUGUGGAUCCUCAAAUGUUUGGUCCUAUGAAUUCACUGCGCGGACUUAUCAAUACCCCCUGCGGAUUUGACGACCCAGUCCAGAAGCAAAACAGAGAAUCCGAGCCAAGGCAGGAUAGACCAGUACCAUCGGUCGAGAGUGCCUCGUUUGAAGCUCGUCCCCUUCGUGAGGUAUAUCCUGUUCCGACGUCCGAUCCCGACAGAUUUGACAUAACGAGAGCUCAGUCAUCCAGCGGACCUCGCCCAGAACCUGUACCUAUCCAAGCACCAAAACCAAUAGUGCCGAUUUCAUCACGUGUUUAUGAUGCACAGGAUUACGCGAGAUCUGAAGCUCGAUCAGAACCUCGAUCAGAGCGCGAGCUUCGUAAACGCAAUUCCGAUUCAUCGUUUGCCAAUGUCGCCCUCGCCGGGCUGGCAGGUGUUGUCGGUGUUGGAGCGGCCGCGAAACUGGCUUCCGAUUAUAGGGAGAAGAAGCGCGACGACCGUCGUGAGCGUGAUGAACCCAGAGAGAAAGAUGUACGACCCAAAAGGACUCGCAGCGAGAAAACCACACGAGCGGACGAGGUCCCUGAUCAUAAAGACAAGCGAGACGACCGUCGUGUGCGUGGCGAAUACAGAGACGUAGACGCAAGACCGAAAGAGACUCGCAGCGAGAAGAUCACAAAAGCUGACGAAGAACCUCGUGCCCAGGAGGGUGCAUAUCACCGCGAUGGUGGACAUCGCUCUAUGGAUGAGCCUGCGGCGCCAACGGAUGAUAGCAGGCGCCGCCAAGCUGAGCUCGAGGAAAAAAUUCGACGACUCGAGGCAAGUCUGCGUGAACAGUCAAACAGUCAGAAUGCUCAGCCAGAGUCGCCGGUUCGUGACCGAGAUCAAGAUCGCGAGCGCAAACGUCGCGAGAAAAAACGUCGGUCUGUCGUUAUAGAGCAAGGCGAUGAAGCAAAUGCAUCGUCAAAGUCUCGUGACAAAGGCAGAUACGACGGUGAUGAGCCCAAGACUUCUAAGCGUAGUUCCAGGAGCUUUGGAUCUGCAGUCGCAUCCUCCUCGAAAUCGCCCACGGAACCUCGAGAUUCUCGGGCAGCGGAUGAUGAUUUCCCUGUCCCAAUGAGCCAAACUCCUAAUCGCCCUCUUACUCCCAUGAUUACUACGGUUGAGCGGGAGCCAGACUUUUCUAGGUUUGAUGCACGUGGUCAUGAUCAGCCCAGAGGACCUACUGCAGAACUUCCCAGAGAUCGACUCAGUCGCUUGGAUUCUUUCGAAAGAGAGGUCCAAGAUGUGAAUGAGUUUGACAGCAAAGAUGCCCGUGAAGCCGCAGAACACUCAACAGAUCCUCUUCCCGAGGCGGCAAUUGCAGCAGCUGCCGCCGUACUUGCACGACAUGGGCACAGAGGCAAAGGAAUGCGAACAUCAGAGCCGCAGCCGAAACGGUCGCGUUCGGAGGAGAGAGAUGCUGUCCAAGAAGAAGCAGACCGACACUAUCGUCAGAGUGUACUGGCGCGCAAGAUAGCAGAGGAUCAAAUUCGCUCCCGGAGUGCGUCUCCUGAUAACUCGCCGGUGGAUGGACAUCACGAAGACCCGGUGAUCCGCAUUGUCACGCCGCCGGAAAUGCACCGUCAUGAGAAGAACAAAUUCGAGGCUCCGAACGCCGACGUCCGUAUUGACAACAUCAUCGAACCCAAAGAUCUGGAACAAUACCGCCUGCCCCGUGGCGCGCAUCUUGGAGAUCCGUCGAUAUUCCCUGUUUUCAAGUCCAGAGAUCCUUCUGCCGAGCGCGAGCGACCAAUGCUCAACCUGGUUCGUCCAACUCCAGCCGUCUCACCGAUCCCUUCUCCUUCGCCGGAAGAACAGCAGCCUAGAGCAUCCCCGAAGGCACCUGAGAAAGUAGCGACCCAAGAGCCGAAAUCUGCAUCUGAUGUGAUUAUGGGCCCCCGUGGUGAGACAAUCGAUGUCGAGCCGCGCGAGAAAUCAGUCCUGCCCAAGGAGGAGAAAUCCAUCGACAAGAUACCCGAGGUUUCCGAAGGCAAGAAAAAGAAGAAAAAGAAAGGCAGUGCCUGGGGAAGUGUUCUCGCCGGGAUUGCAGGGGCAGGCGCAGCUACCGCUAUAGCUGCAGCUGCGGAUGAUGCAUCGAAGACAACUCAUACGCCUGAAGAAGAUGAUAAGAAGGAACCUGCUAUGCCUGGGGCUUUUGAUAGUGGUGAAGUCCCGGCGGAACGUGAUGAGACAACAUCAAGAAAGUCACGGAAGGGCAAGGGAAAACAACAGGUCUGGGACGAUGAACCGCCGUCUCCUGGACCGAAACCCGCCAGCCCCAGCACAUCUCAAACCCAAGGUGCAUUUGCGGAUGACUUAGACUUCGCAGCCACCUUGGCAGCAGGCUUGCAAGAUAGCGGCUUUGACCCAAAUAUCGUCAUUGACGACCCUUUGUACAGGAGACGAGACUCGCCUCCGGGCAGCAGUGAACCUUUGGAAGAUUCGUACCGUACCUCAUUCUCUGAGGUGGUUCCGGAUCUCGACGCGAACUUUACCAACCCAGUUGUACCUAGGUCAUCAUCCGGCCCGAGCACCGUCAUUGAGAUUCCACGCUCCGAUCCUAUCCCUGAUGCUACUGAAACCUUCAAGGAUGCGCACGAGGAGGCGAUCCCACGCAAACUCAGCAAGAAGGAGCGACGAAAGUUGAAGGAAGCCCAGAACAAGAAUCCUGACGAGAAUCUUGUUCUCGAUAGAGAGGCCACUUUGGUCGACUCAGAAGAGAAGCCACUGCCCCCUACCUUGGCAGAGGGUGAAUCAACUUUGGUUGAAAACACAGAUACGCCUGCACAAGCCGAUUUCAACGCCACAGAAGAGCCACAAGCACCUUCAGGAAAGAAGAAAAAGAAGACCAAAAAGGCGGCGCAAGCUGUUUCUCCAUGGGACAUCGUUGAAGAGCCUUCCAGGGAUCCAGUCGAGGUUUCGCCAACAGUCGUCGCUGAUAUCCCGAAGGACACUGUCGACGAAGUACGGUUCGGCUGGCGUGAUCAAACUGACUACAAAGCCGAUGCAACGACACCAAGCUAUGGUAGCGAGAUACCAACCAUCAUUGCACAGGAACCUUUGCCACUCCAGGAAUCGGUGCCGCGUAAUUUCUUUGAAGAUAGCGUCCCUACAUCCAACUACGCCACGCCUGCCCAGGAGGCCGAACUUCCCAUCUCAUCUUAUGCUAGCACUCCAGCAGUCGAGGAUACAUGGGAUGCGCUCCCCUCCAAAACGAAGAAAAAGAAGGGCAAAAAGGGGACAGACAUUGAAGCUGUCGCUGACCCCAUUUUCGAACCCACUCAAGACGCAAGCAAUGAGUUAUCGCGUGACAUUGACCAAGCCGCCAAUAUCACCAUGGAGGAGACUCCUGCUCCACAGGAUCAGACCGUGGAACCACCUCUGGAAGACCCGCUGCCCGUUGUUGAAGAUGAGACGGCGGUAUCUACGGGUAAGAAGAAGAAGAAGAAGUCCAAAAAGGCGGCAGCAGUGGACGCAGUGGAUGCCGGUGCUGAGCUUUCAAUCGAUUUGGCUGAAGAGACCCCCAAAGAAACUGUUCCAGAAGCAUCUCCGGCGGAAAUCAACCAGGUGGCUCCCAGGCAACCUACUUUAGAGGCGCCAAUGGAAGACCUCGAGAAGGCUUUGGACAACCCCUCUAAGGAAGCUACAUCAGAGACACCGAUGGAAGAUCUCGAGAAGGUUUCAGAGACAGCCCCUGAAACGCAACCAAAGGACGAUGUUGAGACCCUCAAUGCGGAUAUCACUGCUGUCGACGAUACAGCACAGAAUGCUGUUCUUGAUGCCCCCAAGGAUCUUUUCAACGAAAGAUCCCUGGAUUCUACAGAAGCAACUGCUGCGUUUAGCGCCAACGGAAUCACACGGGAACAUGAUGCCCUUCCUGACGGCUCCCCUGCUGUGGUUAUAGACCAAGACACUCAGACGGGGCCAUCCUCCAAGAAGAAAAAGAAGAAGGGGAAGAAGAACGCUGCUCCUGCUGAGGAAAUCCUACCAUCCACACCUGUUGAGACGGCUAUACCCACAGAGGAAGUGUCCUUGGCCCCCGUCGAUGACAUCACCAACACUCCUAGUGAUGUUAAGGACAUUACUUCCAGUGACCCCAAGGAGACUGCUUCAGGUGAGCCCGGGGAGAUCAUUUCGAGUGAGCCCAAGGAAACCACUUCUGGUGAGCCAAAGGACGCAGUUUCCAGUGAUACCAAGGAGCCAGAUCCCGUAGCCAUCAGUGAAACUAUCACGGAAGCUCUUCCUGACGAAUGGGCCAUGCCUGUGAUUACGUCAAAGAAGAAGGGUAAAAAGAGCAAAGGGUCUGCCUCGGUACUAGAAGCAGAGCCCUCUCAAAUGCCUGAUUCUGGAGCUGUUGCCGCGGAAGAGGCAGCGCAGGUGUUAAAAGAAGUCACCGAACCUGUAGACGAAGUUAGCGCGACUGAUGGGGCGGUUUCAUCGACGACACCCGAGCUUAAACAGGUCGAGUCCUUUGAGGAUAGCAAGCCAAUUGACACGCUUGCAACGGGCUCUGAUGGUCCGGUCGAGGAAAUCAAAGAUACUUCUGUACCCGAAUCUGGCAAUCCUGAGGCUGUGAAUGAUGACUUGGCUGCGGGAUCAUCAAAGAAGAAAAACAAGAAAAAGAAGAAGAACAAGUCUUCCCCAGGGGAAGAUGAGAUGACCAACGCCGAGCCAUCGCAACUGGACAUGGCUGUCCAGGAGACCUCCACGCCUUCUGAACAAGAUGCCUUGGCAGUAGGAGCCGAGCCGGACAAGCCCGAGGAUAACCUCCAACCCCAAGACUCCGCUGUUAAAACUGAAGUGGAGACCCCGACUGUAGAAUCUGGUCUGAACAGUGUUUCAGCAGAAACUUCCAAGAAGAAGGGAAAGAAGGGCAAAAAGUCGGUGCAGGACAAGACUACGGCGACUACAGAACCAUCGACACCGAACACUGCCGAGCACGAUAAGUCACAGCCAGAAGCUUUCGAAGACAAUUGGGCCACACCUGCGUCGACAAAUGAGUCGAAGAAGGGCAAGGGAGACGACCCUUGGGCUUGGGAAGAGGAAACCCCAGGUUUGGAGUCGGCCCCUGCCUUUGAAAUCGAACCCAAGGAUCAACAAGAGGCAGGCUUCGAAGCUGAUUGGACCGCACCAUCUACCACGAAGAAGGGCAAGAAGAACAAAAAGGCUACCGCGGGCGAUGAUGAUGCCCUGGGCGUCACUGCGAGCGAGGACAAGUCUCUAGCGCCUCUUGACAGCGUUGAUAGUACGAGAGAGGGUGAUGACAAGACUGUAGUUGAACACGAUAGUCAGGCAGUCGAGGCUGACUUGGGUCCAUCCAAGAAGUCCAAGAAGAAGUCCAAGAAGACGGCUUCAACUCUCGACUCUCCAAAGGAAGUUACUGCUCCAUCGGAAUCUUCACCUAGUGGCACAGGCACAGAAAACCCCAGUGCGCCAGCUGUAGAUGAUCCUGCUGAUACCGACGACAAUUUGGAGUUCUUCGAAGCAAACCAGGAAGAAGAUGUGCCCGACAACAUUGAGCAGAAGAACAACGGAGGCUGGGUUGAUGAUGCCGAAGAUGUCAAGACUGUUGUAUCGGCCCCGACCAACUCUGCGGAGAAGGCUGCAGACAAAGAAGAAAAACGUUCAGGCGGAGGUUUCUUCAGCUUCUGGAACCGCUCGUCAAACACUUCUGACAACAAGGAGACGCAAAACGAGGGCAAGGACAAGAGGCAUUCUUUUUUAGCUAAUGCCGGCACCAUUGGCGCUGGUGUCGGCCUGGCGGGGGCUGCGGCUGCGAUCGCUAGCCAUGCCUCGCAUUCGAAUGCCACCUCCAAGACCAAGAAAGAUUCCAGUCCCUCCAGGUCUACGAGCUCGCCAUCACAGGAUCAGGGGAGCUUUGAUCCUGAAAUAAUUGAGCGGGUCAUCAAGCCUGCUAUCGAUCCACAAUUCGGAGACCUACUACCGCUACCUCCUAGCGUACCAGCCUCUCCGACAACAGAGCUCCCCAGCGAGGAAGAUCUGCCCGCGCUGCCAAUAAGUCGUCCCGAGACUCCUCCCGAGCAAGAGCGGAAAAUGCUCCGGGAAAAAUGGGCCUCGCGGCGUCGCAGCCAGCUUGAGACCCCCGUCAAGUCUCCAAGCACCACUGCAGUCCCGAUACAGUUCCGCUUGCGCUCGGGACCGUCAUCCCCUGGUCUUUUCAUUAAGACUCCACCUACACAGCCACAGCCUCCCAUUUCUUUGGAACCUAGCAGUGCAUCGAGGCGGGUAUUGCGACCAAUGUCUUGGGAUACUACUAGGGAAAUCAAGCCCCUCUAUCUGCCCGAACAUGUGCGGUCUGGAUCCGCAACUGAGAAUGACCUGCAACUCCCCGAGCUACCCGAGAGCAGGCCGUCAACUUCGGGAGACGCAGCCGGACCAGAGGACCGAUCUUGGGCUGGGAAUGCAUAUUCAGGGUACAAUCCCCUUGGCGCCACAUUAGACAGUCCACUCCAACUCAACACUGGGGCUGUCCCAGCUUAUAGUCCAAGCGACCCCCUCGGGUCUGGAGAUGUUACCCCCAAAGCAGAGCAGGGCAUGAAGCCUUCAGAUGGGCUAGUGUUGAGCGAUACAGAGACGAGCGACGUCUUCGAAGAUGCGGCGUCCCAAUUUAAUCCAUCGUCGGUCCAAAGCCCUGUAACAGAGACCCACGGUUUGGGCAUAUCAGCCGACGAUGGAUUCGACAGGCAACUGGAGAAUCCUUUGAUCUCGCCUCACUCUCCGACUAAGGAUGGUCUUCAUGGCAGCUCGGCCCUGUUUGGCGCCGCGGGCAUGGGAGCCAUCACCGCCGCAUUGAUGAGCCAUGCAGAUAGUCCCGAAAUCGAAGAGCUCAGCAGUGGUAUCAAAGCCCUGGACUUGAAGGAUGACAAGACUUUGGGCAAGACUACUUCGAGCAGUGAGCUCCCAAGUGACAUUACUUCAGAAAUCAUCAAGGAUGACGCCAUUGGGGUCACUGGUGAUGGUUUGUCGCAACCAGAGGAACUGAGCGAGACGCCUACAAAAAAGGGAAAGAAGGCCAAAAAGUCCAAGGGCAAGAAAUCAGCUAUGCCAGAUGCGACCAACCUGCCCAUACCUGAGGAGAAACCUUCUGAAGAAAGCCCCCCAACUGAGAGUUCACAAUCGUUAGAUCAAACAGAAAAGAGGUCGCCAGACAUGCUCUCAGCCGUUGCUGACUCGGCUGAUACCUCUCAACUCGCAUCGACUUCAUCACAGGAGCAAACGACAGAACCAAUAAUUGCACCUGAGACCGAGCCUGUCUUCCCAGAUAAUAAGGACAAGGAAAACCAAGACAUAGACACUACUACACUCUUGAAUCCUGACGUCCCCGAGCAGAAACAGGAGGCUCUUUCAAGAGAUGCCGAAAAAAGCCAGAUCCACGAUAACGUCCUCAAAGCAGAGCCCAUCACUACAGAACAGCCCGAGACUACCGCCAAAGGAAAGAAGAAGAAGAAGAAGGGCAAAAAGGGUGCGGCGGCAGAACCGGAGGAAGUACCACGCCCCAAAGACACCGACUUGCUAGAAAAGCAGGAGACACAUGAGGAUAAGGUCGAGCCACAAACAUCCUCAUUACCUACACUAGGUGACGGUGAAGGCUCUAAGGACGCUGGUUCACAACAUCCGUCAGCGGUGGACAUUGAAGCGCCUCCGGAUUCAUCCAAUAUCAUCAAGACAGGGGCUGUCCCUCUCGCGGUUGCGGCAAGCGUGGCAACUGCUUUGAUGCAGGAUGGCCCAGGAUCCACAGGGGUCUCGCAAUCCGCAGACGAAAACGACAAGAUGCGGGACCUCGGGCCGUUGCAGGGUGGUAUAAGCGGUGAAACAGGACUCACCGACACCACCGCUGAACCCGACACUGCGGGCCAACAAACUGUGGGGCUUAGUGGAGAGUCUGGGGAUGUUGCUUCUGGGUCCGAUGCACAGAGCAAAUCAGUGGGUGCCACACCGGACAACAACAUCGACACCGCUACUUCACCAGCUCAAGAUCCACUGGCCGUCCCGGCGCCGAUCCCUGUCUCGGCUGAAGCUGCAGAUUCCCACCUCCACGAUGGCGAAACCCCUGCACUCGCUGACCUCGGGUCGCAAGCAAGACGCGAUGCCGAGGAUGGAGUUGGCCUUAUGGAUGCGGUCGCAAAAGAUGCUAUGUUGGUUCCGUCAUCACAACCUGUCGAGACCUCUAGCGAACCUGCUACACAGCCAGAAGAGUCAAUGGGUCAGGAGCAAGAGACACGAUCGGGAAAGAAGAAGGGGAAGAAGGGCAGCAAGAAGAAGCAAACCACCCGCGAGCCAUCCCCGACGAGAGGGGAUCCAGUCGCAGAGCCAGUGGCAGAGUCGGCCAUAGCAUUGGCAGCGGGUGAUGCUGAUAAUGACAAGUCACAUGCCAUUGAUAUCACGAGUGAGCAAAGCACAGACCUGGCGUCAACGGAGGUUGUCGAUGCCGGGGCAGGUGAGGUUGCUGCCAAUCAAGGUCAGGCUGCCGAGGAGAUCUCGAUGCCGGGACCUUCUGGGAGCAAGUCCAAGAAGGACAAGAAAAAGAACAAGUCGGCAAACUGGGAUUUGCCCGGCGAAGAUGCACCGACAGAUCAACUCAUCGAGAACACUAGCGCCACCAUUCCACACGUAGAUGUGCAUGAAGUCGAUGUAACAAUACCAUCGGAAAUCAGCUCGGGUCCCCAGGAGGAGACUGCGUCGCCGCUGGCUUCAGCAGAGAAAAAGUCCAAGAAGGAUAAGAAGAAAAAGAAAGGACUGUCAUUGGAUGAUCAACUUCUGGCGGCUGAGCCCCCCGCCCCCUCUCAGGACGCUCAAAUACCCGCUGAAACCACAGAACCCCCGACCACCCUCCAGGAAACUGAUGCAGGCCCUAAAGAGGAGGACUUGUCGUCUGCUCCUGCUCUUUCGUCAUCUACCAAAAAGGACAAGAAGGGCAAGAAAAAGAAAGCCUCUGCCCAACCUGACUUGAACGAAAGUCCUGAUUCAGGGAUCUCCGAAGUACCCUCGCAGAGCGAGAAGCAGAAGGAAGGUUCUCAAGAUGGACCGGCUACUGCAACUGAGCCAUCUCAAGAUGCUGAACUUCCGCCAGCACAUAGCAUUUCAGAUGCGGCAGCUGACCAAGGCACGAUUGCGCUGGAACUCGACAAGGACGAAAAGUCAGAGGGUACCCAGCCCACCGAGGUACCGGCCACAUUAGCAGAACAGACAGAUGUAUCACCACCCGUUGGUGAUAAGCAGCUAUCAGGUUCACAUAAUGCACAAGAUGGCGUGGCUUCUGAGGAAGUCCAAAACACGGCAGAAGCUGAAGUACCACCUGCGGAUACCUCGCAUCAACCAGCGUCUGAUGAGGGUCAGAGCUCGAAGCCGACUGAACACGAAACUCCAGUCGCAAAUGAUGACAGCAGCCCGUCCGAUGCACCUGCAGGCGUACCAGAGAAAUCUGGGCUGGAACAAUAUCAGGACGGUCAACUUGUCACAUCUUCGCAAGAGCAAUCAGAGAAUGUCGUUGGGACUCAAGACGAGUGGGCCGCCCCUGCCAAGAAAGGCAAGAAAGGAAAGAAGGGCAAGAAGCAGACGGUGGAAGCUGCCGCGGAAGACGACACAUCUGUCCCAGUCAGCAUGGUACAGGAUUCUACGCCCGCAGUCACUGAGCCAGAAGCCGUCACGUUGGAUGCCAAUGACAAUACCGAUGCCCAAGUAUCCGUGACCAAGGAGUCCAAAAAGAGCAAAAAGAAGGGCGUCCUUGUGUACGACGAGCUUUCCGAGGAUAAAAAGUCCGAUGAAACUGUAACGGACGUGCCAGCAGACGUACCAGCCGAAUCACGCGAUGGCGAAAAGCCGCCAGUCACUACAGAGUCAUCUGCUGAUGCAUUGCUAACAACGAUCCCGUCAGCGCUCGUCGACACGGAAUCUGCAAAAGCACCUCAAGACCCUAGCAGCAAUAUCGAAACCCCAUCAACCGAGCCAAACGACAAAUCUUUGAUUGAGGGUGACAAUAAGGCUCACGAACCAGAUUCGGUGGAGGUCUCAGUCGAAAAUAGCAAAGACUUGCCUGUGCAGGAGGAAAUCCAAGUCCCUGAAAACACAGCCGAUGUUGUGGUGGCGGAGGAGCAGCUUCCCACAACGACGAAAAAGUCCAAGAAAGACAAGAAGAAGAAAAAGGGAAAGGAAUCAGAUGAGCAAGCUCUGGCAGAUGCAAGCGAUGCACCAGUCAUCUCGUCAGUCGAGAAAGAUGGCUCUGGGGAUGCAGGACCCGCCAAAACAGAGACUCCUUUGGAUCAUCCGGAACCAAGCGAUUCAACCCCAGUUGACGCGCCCACAUUCGUUGAAACGCCCAAAGAGGAGCCCACUGAUGCCCCUAUGAAGAAGUCGAAGAAGGAUAAGAAAAAGAAGAAGCCUGCUGCUGCAGAUGACGACAAAGGUGUGGCUACAUCGCAAGCUGAACCAUCUGAAAAUCUUCCGGCUCCGGAGGCCGAACCGUCGACAACAAUAGAUACUUCAACCAAGGAUGCCGAUAUGCCUACCGAGGCCGCUCUAGACUCCACGACGGCAAGUGAUCAAUUUCUAGAACCUACCGAUUCGCACCCAGACGUAAAGGGCGAUGCAGAGACCUCCGCCACACAAGAUGUUCCCGAACGCACGGACAAGGACCCUGUUGCCAGCGAAAAUCCUGGUUCUGUUUCUGCAAUUUCGAAGGAUGGUGACUCUACCACAGCCAUUUCCAAAGAACGCGACCUGAGCAGUUCUGCAACUGCUCCUGUAGAUGACUCGCAAGAAAAAGCUGUCUCAAAGAAGUCAAAAAAGAGCAAGAAACAGAAGAAGCAAGCCGAGGCUUUGGAACUUGAUUCAGAACCACUACAAACCCAAGCACCGGAACCACACCCUAGUCUUCCUGAAGACCAUCAGUCGACUGAAGAAAAACCUGUAGAUGUCCCAACUACCACCGAACCAGAAAUUGCUGAUUCAGCUGCCGCCUCCAAAGCCCAAGAGGCAACGCCAGAGGACUUUGCGCCUGUGAAGAAAGGCAAAAAGGGCAAGAAAAACAAAGCAGCAGCAUGCGAAGAACCUGUUCAAGAGCCCUCAAACGAGACAGUAGAUGCAAGUGACACUUCGGUCAAACAAGAGACGGGGUUUUCCGCCAUCGCCGAGCCAGAUCCAGUCAGCGAAACCACUCCUGAAUCACAAGUCAAUACGGUCGCUGAAGACGCUAUUUCAACCAAUGAGACCCCGCUGCCUGCGAAGGACGAAUCAUCCUCUGCCGUGCUACCCAACGAGACUCCUACAGAGGAAUCCACCAUUCAACCACCCGUGGGAGACAGUUCAGAAAGUCCCAUGCCAGACUCGCAAGACACAACCCCACCAGACACCAAGGCAUCUGAAGAACCCGAGCUCGUUGUUGGUAAAAAGUCUAAGAAAGACAAGAAGAAGAAAAAGCAGGCUGCCCAGGAGCAGAAGGAGGAGCUUGAAAAGGACGUUGCUACUUCCAAGCCGGUUGCCGAACUCGGCUUGGCACAGGAAGCUGAUCCUUCACAAGUGGCUGAAGCUGUGCCCGUAGAAACACUUGAAGAACCCAGCCUGCCACAAGAAGUUGGUUCCCCUCAGGUGGUUGAGCCUGCGCCCCUGGAGACACCCGCAGAACCCAGCUUGCCACAAGAAGCUGAUUCCUCCCGGGUGCUUGAGGCUGCGCCCGUAGAAUUAGCUGCCGAGACCUCAGAAAAAGAACCCAAAAAGAAGUCGAAGAAAGACAAGAAAAAGAAGGGCUCGGUAGCAGUUUCUGAGGGGACUCCGAAGGACCAGCCUGUUCUACCUUCAUUGUCAGAUGCUGAUCAGAGCAUCCAUCAAGUUGCAAAUAUAGAGGAUGUGGCAGAGACUACCCCGGAAUAUGUGGCCACCCCGGAACCUGCAGCCGACAAGGAAUCAGAACCUACCAAGAAGUCCAAGAAAGAGAAGCGGAAAUCCAAGCGGGAUGGACUGGCUCAGAGCGUUUCACUAGAUGUUUCCGAAUCCAAGGACUUGGAUCAAGUCACCGCUACGAAUGAGCCGGAAGAAAGCAGCCAGAACGAUACUUCGCACCAGGACGUCACAGAUUCGGUGCUGACCUCAGAAACAUCGCAACAACACCAAGAAGGCCAAACUGAACAGCAAUCAACCAUCGAGCCUGCGAUAAGCGACGAUCCUGUCGACAAGACCUUAGACAAAGAGCCUGCAAUUGCAGGUGAUACUGUUGAAGCCUCCGGUACAAGCAACGAUUUGCAAGGAGCACUGGCAGCAGCAGGUGUAGGCGCCGCGCUCGGUUCAGCGGCUACGACCUUAAUGUCUUCCGAUUUACCUCCUGAAGAGUCCCAGGUCUCAAAGAAGAAGUCCAAGAAAGACAAGAAACGUAAAGAUGCGAAGCUCGCGGAUUUGGAGGCCGAACCUACGCUUCCUGCUCCCCCUGCUGAUGACGCUGUGACCGCACCCGAGGUGAUCUCAGACAAGCCUGAUGAGCCCCCUUCAGAACUCACGACAGAGUCACAGCCCACCGACACCUUGAACCCAGAUGAUGUUGGGGAGGCCACAGCCACUUCUAUUGUUGAGGGCGAGGAGAAGCCGACAGAACCUGAAGCCAUUGCGGAAGUUCCUCAGGCUACCCAACCGGCUGUUGCACAAGAAGAGGAAUUUCCGGAAGCGGCAGCCAAAAAAUCCAAAAAGGACAAGAAGAAGAAGAAGAACGUCAAGGCAUCUGUUUCCGAGACCAUAGCGGAACCUUCUCCUGUAGCAGAGACGGAAUUAAGCAUUAACCCGUCGUCAGAUGAUGUGGGACUUUCUGUUCGCCAAAACAGUGACGAAAAGGCCAAUCCUGAACGAAAAGCCGAGGCUGAAGCCGAUAAGGACAAAGAGGCCAAGACAGAGUCCAAGGCUGACGAUCUCGACGCCAACGUUGCGCCUGAUAACGACAAGCCAGAUCUCGCGACACAAGACAAUACCACAUCUACACCAAAGGAGAAUGCCGAGGCCAUGGGCAGCGAAGACGCGAAAGAAACGGCACAGCCUGAAGCAGAGGUCGAUGACUGGGGGUUUUCAAGCAAAAAGUCCAAGAAGGAUAAGAAAAAGAAGGGCGGCAAGGCUGCUGAGCCCCAGCUAGAGCCUUCCACUGUCACAGAUUUCAUCGCAGCUGAGCCAGAUGUUAACCCGGUACUCGUGGAAGAGAAUCCCGUUGCGUCUCCAGUCCCUGAACUCGAAUCCAAUACGGAGCAGCAAAAGGAUAUUGAGGCCGACGAGACUGAUGCAUGGGGACUCACAUCUAAGAAAUCAAAGAAGGACAAGAAGAAAAAGAAAGGCAAUACUGUGCUUGACCUGGAGCCGCCAGUGACUUCUGUGGCUUCUGCAACCCCAUCUUCGGAGGACGCUCAGCCUGCCAGCAUCACGGAUGGGAUCGAUUUGGCAGCGGCUGAAGUUGCCCCUGUUGAAUCUCAAGGAGAUGCACAGCCAGCAGAGCCGCUCGAUCUUAAAACUGACCUAGGAGGAUCCACGGAAGAACAGAAAAAACCAGUCACAGAGCCUGAACCUGAGCCAGCACCAACUGCAGAUGUUACUUCCACAGCGGCAGCCAUCGAUACUGGACUUAUAGACCUUGCAUCUGCACCCGAGACGACGGAGCAAGCAUCAGCCGAGCCGCCUGUGACGGAGCCCAGUGCCGAUACACAAACUCAGGAAGUUGACGAGGUGGCUUUACCAGCUAAGAAGUCCAAGAAGGACAAGAAGAAGAAGAAGAAGGGACAGGAUCAGCCUACCGUUGAGGCGGUCUCGGAGAGUACUGCGCCUGCCGCAGACCCUGUCGGAGAGUCGAUGGACUCUACACCACCAUUGAAAUCGCCAGAGCCUAGCGCGGUACAGCCUGAAACGAAGUCAAAAGAGGAACAAAUCGAGACGGACAAGCCCGUCGAUGCCUCUCUGCCGGGAAAAGAUGAGGGCAACCCUCUGCCAGAGAGCAGUGGGCCCAGUGUCGACUUGCACUUGAAAGAAGACCCCCCGCAGCAAGUUGUUUCCUCGGAGCCUGUCUCCGAGCCAACUGUAUCAGGGAAGCAGGACGCAAAAGAUACCGAAUCUGCUGGAGCCGAUGAGGUCACGGAAGUCGUGACUAAAAAGAGCAAAAAGUCAAAGAAGAAAAAGGGUGCGAACGUGACAGAUUUAGAUUCGGCCUCAGGUCCUCUCAAUGCGACCCAAGAUGCUAACGUCGUUGAGCAGCCCGAGGGGUCUGAUAGCAAAACACCAGUUGAUAAUCCGUCGAUAAUCGCCCCAAGCACAAAUGAAGAGACCAUUGAAGUCGCCCCCUCCACGCCCACUGCAGCACAGUCCCCGAAACAGUCCAAGAAGUCCAAGAAAGCGGCGUUUAUCCCAUUGACAAACAUGGAAGAGCCAGUUCAAGAAGUUAACGAGGCAUCUGCUGCCAAAACAACAACGGAAGGUGGUCAUAAUAAGAAUUUGGAGGAGGCUUCAAAGUCGAUGGAGAUGGUACCUACAAGUCAGGCCGAGGCGAUCAAGGACAGCUACUUUGACACAAAACCUGUCGAUGAGAUUGAGCAAUCUUUGCCAGGGUCUUCCGGCGAUUUUGAGAUUCAUCCUGCAGUUGCAAGCUUGUUGGAUUCCAAGAGCAAUGAGGCCGAGCAGCCCAUACCAACUUCAGCUCCACCAGGAUUGUUUUUGAUGACCCGAGAAGGCUCAGAUGUGUUUCUUAAGGAUGGCCAUGUACCAAGGCUUCUCACUCAGUCCACAGACAGCCCUUUGACAAGCCCACAAGCGCUGGAUAGUAGUGAAGACAAGCACACGCGUUCAAUAUCCAGCAUGGGUAUCGAAGGUGCAGAUCCGAAAUCACAGCAAGAGGGUGCGCUGAGAGAGCCGAUAUCCAAAUCGCUGUCAUUGGCCGAUGAAGAAAUUAUCUGCCCAACCCCCAAUGUUAAAGAAUCACCUGCGGCAAAGCCCGUCACAAAAGAUGACGUCGUCAAAGCAUCAGUCGCUAGUGCAGUGGUCGGUGGCGGUGCAGCGGCUUUGGCAAGCAAGGUUGGAGCUUCGAGCAAAAAGUCAAAGAAGAAAAAGAAGACGCUCGACAAGCGAACACAACAGAGCGAUGACUUGUUCGAUGAUCCGUCCUUGUGGGAAGGUACAGACAGGAAGCUGGUGGAGGGCUCGAGGGGCGAUCUGGACUCUGGGGAUUUCUGGGAAGUCCCCGACACUAAGACGGAUGAGAUCGGAGCAGCGGAGGAAUCGGGGAUCGGGCUGGGUAUCAAUGAUCAAAAAGUAGCCUGGGGGAUGGACGACGGUGGAAAUGAGGAUACGGUUCAUCUAGACAAGCCGAAUGAUGCCGCUACUGACGCCCAUGACGUUUGGGGCACAGAUGUCGUCGGUGCACAGGAAAACUCAAGACGACUGAAACAUUCUCCAGGAAGGGAUGCAUUAAACAUCGACACAGGCUCGGAUCCCAGAACUUCCGAGCAGAGCAUUGUAUCAACAGAUGAGAACGGAAGACGCGGAGGCAUUGCUCUGGGGAAAGAGUUGGUUGAUAGUCCGAUGAUGGAAGAAAGCCCGAUCCUGGGUCGCGGAACAAACUGGAAGCAAUCACAAGAGAAAGAAGACUCGUCGGCUGAUCCUACGCCAAAAGCCACACCGGCAGCACUUGAGGGGCAAGUUUUCUCUCCGCCGGCUUCUUCAACCGACGCACCAGUCGUUGGCCAAUCACAUCAAGCGGAAAACAAGGAUGAAAAGUUGGGCUCUAACCUGCAAGCGAGUUCUGCUGAAGGAGCGGAGACCAGCAUGCCAUCACCACGGUCCCCUCUGGGAUGGGACUCUGGGAAGGAUGCCGCAGGCUCACCCUACUUAUACCAAGGCUCUGAUGCUGGAGUAUCGCCAUCAAGAACGCUUCCGCCGGUGAAAGAAGAGGAGGAUGAAGGAGAAGUUUUGACGGCGGGCAGACGUGCAUCUCUGGACAAAGUAAACAGGGAUAGUGGGUACUCGGCAGGAGAACCGCCGCUUGAAGUGGUCAGACGGCGUCCGCGCCUGGGCCGACCCGAGGUUAGCCCACAGAGAGAUAGCGGCGUGCACCUGCGCGACUGGCCCGAGAGCGAGGAGCCACGGAUAAGCCCAUCUCCGACACCAAGAAGGGGGCGGGCUGAGCUAAACAACGAUGACACGUUGAAGACGCCGAACAAGGAAUUUUCAAGCGACAAGGGCACCAAGGUUGAGUCUUCUCCGCCGGCUGAGGGCCAUACCAGCCGCGCACUCUUCAAUCCCAGCACCCCCAAGCUUGGCGAGCCGGAGCCACAGGCGCAGACACCAGAUCCCAGCAAAAAGAAGGCACUAAGCGGCAGCAGCAAAAAGCGAGGCACGUAUCAAGAGCUGGGGUCAGCAGCGAUCCCGCCAGCAAUUCUCCCUGCAUCGGCGACGCCGACGACGAUAUCAAGCCCAGCCGAGGCGGCAUCAUCAUCAUCUUCUUCUUCAUUGCGGAGACAGGGUUACUCGCCCGCGGUGGAAAGAUCGUUAAGCUACAGCCACGAUCAGGGCGUGUCGCGGCAUGCAUCCAACAUGAGCGCCACACGGCUGCGCGCCACACCAGAGCCACUUAACUUUAGGCCUGACAGCCCAGGCAACAGCAGUAUCCGCUCAUUUACAGGCACACCCCCGCUUCGGCGGGCCGAUAGGCGCGUUAGCGGUGAUCUACGGUCGCUCAGCCAACGAAGCAGCGUCAUUGGCCAAACUCAGGACAAGCAAAAAGACAAGGAUCAGCGCACUAGUGGGGCAGCAGCAGCUGUUGUAGGCGGUGUCGGUGCCGCUGCUGCUUCUAUUGCCUCGAGAAAUAAUCAUCACGAUGGUGCUGCCCAAAGCUCCACACAAGACACCACUCCCGUCGCCAACGAAGGCCGUGUCCGCGCCAAGGACAUGACCGACGUCUACGAUGGCUACGGCGAGGGCCGCAUCGGCUCACCGCGCUCCCCCACGCGGCCCCAUAGCAUGCGUCGGCGACAGAGCAUGCAAGUACUCGAACUAGAGAGCAGAGUCGAUCAAUUACUGGCCGAAAACCGUGCGCUGAACGAGGCCCGAACAAAGGCAGAACAAUCGCUCUCGCAAAAAACGUCGAGCCUUCUCGCCGACCGCGAUGAUCAAAUAGAUGCUCUCAAGCGAUCCGUCGAGUUCCUCAAUCAAGAGCUCUCUCGCCUUACCGAGGUCAAUGAAGGCCUCCACAGCGCCAUCUCCCAGACGGCCGUCCAGCACGAUGACCGCUAUCGCCAGCUCCAGUCACAGCACGAUAGCACCAAGCGCGAGUUGGAGCAGACACGAAGCGUCAGCGGAGCCAGCGCCGGUGCCACGCAGGCUCUCCUGGCCGACAAGGACGCCGAGAUAUCCAGGCUGCGUGCUGAAUUGGAGUCCACUAAGCAGCGUGUGCGCGAGCUCCAACGACAGAAACUGGCCGACAGACCCGCCAACGGUGACUUCCUCACUGUCCGCGACAUUGAUUAUUUCGACCACCGCUGCCAAGCCCUUUGCUCCCACGUACAGCAGUGGGUUCUGCGCUUUUCCAAGUUCUCAGACAUGCGCGCCUGUCGCCUGACCAAUGAAAUCAAUGACGAAAAGAUCAUUGACCGCCUCGACAAUGCCCUUCUCGACGGCUCCGACGUCGACCACUACCUGCGGGACCGUGUCAAGCGCCGUGACGUCUUCAUGUCCAUGACAAUGUCCAUGAUAUGGGAGUUCGUCUUUACGCGCUAUCUUUUCGGAAUGGACCGAGAGCAGCGCCAGAAGCUCAAAUCUCUCGAGAAGCUGCUCCUCGAGGUUGGCCCGCCCCAGGCCGUCCGUCAGUGGCGCGCCAUCACCCUGACCCUCCUGUCACGCCGCCCCUCUUUCCGUGACCAGAAGGAACAGGAUACCGAGGCUGUGGUACAGGCCGUACUACAGACCCUCUCCAUGAUCCUCCCGCCGCCUUCCAACCUGGAGGACCAGAUUCAGUCACAACUUCGCCGCGUUGUGCGGGAGGCCGUUGACCUGUCUGUCGAAAUGCGCACCCAACGCGCCGAAUACGUCAUGCUACCACCCCUGCAACCCGAGUACGACGCAAAUGGCGACUUGGCCGCCACCGUUACUUUCAAUGCGGCCAUGAUGAAUGAGCGCUCGUCUCCCAACAACCCACCAAACUUCAACGAGGAGCUCCAAGCCGAGGGUGCCACAGUUCGCAUCGUACUCUUCCCCCUUGUUGUCAAGAAGGGCGAUGACAAUGGCGUUGGUGACGACGAGAUUGUUGUCCAUCCCGCCCAGGUCCUCGUUCCCAAGUCGUCGAGCUCCGGCAGGCGUGGACGCAUGGCCACGCCGAGCUCAGACGCCGGAGGUGUAAGCCUCUUGAUGUCCCGCGGCGGCGACACAGCCAGCCGGAGCAACAUUAGUAUGCAGGACGUCGGCAACAACCAGAGCACCAUCUAGAUAUUCUCUGGUCUGAAAAUGUAUCAGAGGCUUGUACAUGCAAAGCGACAAGCUUAAUUUUUAUUUUAUGUUAUUUUUCUAUCAUGAGGACAUAUGAGAAAGAAAAUCAAAGAAGGAAAGGAGGAAUAAAAAUGCGAGUCUUGCUUUCUUGUUUUUUGGUCUUUUUUUUUUUCUUUUGCACUGAAAUAUCAUUUUCGGCUCGAAAUAUGGAUAUCUUUUGGGCGUCGGGCGUAUUAUUAUUCUUUUGUUUUUACUUGUCAUCUCUUGUUUAUGUUCUCUUCGUUAUCAUGUGUGAUGACUUUUCCUCUUCUUUCUUACUUCCUGAGUACAACAAAUUUUAACUACCUAAUUUAAGUUUACAUUGUCG